GUCGUGACGACAUUUUGGCAGAAAAAGAGCGUAGAGCAAGGUCAAUCGAAACACUUCAUUACGCUGGAGAAUUUGCGCAACAGUCUCAACGUAUUGAGGACUGCCGCCAGAGCAUUGCCGUAUCAGCGAUUCAAUUUGCAGGCGUCUGACCAUAAUGCUCCUCACCCAUCUGUAGCUCAUUCCUGUCCCUCGCAGAGCAGCCCUGGACAGCCAAGCGGAGCGACCGCUGUCCAGCAACAGCAGGAUGCUAAGUUUACACCCAAGCUACCGCAAGCCAUUCCCAAUAUACCUCAGACUCCUCAAAUACCACCAGCACCUCAGAUCCACCGAAUACCUCAGAUGCCUCCAGCGCAAGCCAUAUCCACACAGAAUCCCAAGGAGGAGGUUUUGCCUGUCUCAGUACGUGAUACCAACAUUGUGUGGUGUCUGAGGCGUUCAAAGUGGAUCUUGAGUUUGCUGGGUCUGUUUCUCUUCUUGUGCAUUUUCAGGCCCUUUUGCGUCCAAGAAUAAUUUGCCUUGACAGGAAAGACAAAUUGAUAUGCUGUCACAUAUUUAGCGGAGUUAACUAGCCUCGUUACUGAACGUUCACUUGCGCUCCUCGUGCCAAUGGGAUUCCAGCAUCUCGAUUGUCUUCCGUGGCAGUAUGGUAGCAGUCUAAUGCCGUCUUCACACAUAAAAACACCAAUUUGCCUGCUUCCAUAUGUUCGCCAAAAUCUCCGUUGCAAGAUUAAGUCUCAUAUGUACUCAUAGCUACUUGAUUUCAGAAAACCCAUG